AGGACUGUUGGUGCUGUCCCAAACCAUUUCACAGAGCAGAAUAGAAGCCUAUGAAAGGGGCAAAGUUUACAUGAUAUUACUAAUCCCUCUCGGAGGGGGUUCCUAGGCAUGCUCAGAAGAGGUGGAGCCCAUCCAAAGUGGGAGGGCCACGAGGAAUGAGGCUAUAAAUACAUGUCGAGCCACGGAGGCUGCAGCUCUUCAGCACAGCUGGGUUUCACUGGAACACCACAGAAGGCACCUCUGCACAUUUCACCAACUAACUAAAGAACAUUUGCCUCCCUUAACGGAUUAAGACAGGACCUCUUUCCUGACAUCCAAUAUGAGUGGUGUGGCAGAAUGGAUUCUGGAGAAUAAGGACAAGAUUGAAAAGGGAGUGGAGAUCCUAGGCCAAGGCUGUGAGAUCCUGGCAAACACUGUAGGCCAGUUCCAUCCCGUCCUGGAGGCAGUUUUUAUGGUCUCAGCUGAGCUCCUCAGCAACCCAGAGGGCAAAGAGGCUAAGUAUCUUGCUGAACAGUUUGAAAGUGUCAACCAGAAGUUGGAAAAGGUCCAGGGUGAGAUUAAAAAAACAGAACUGGCGCUGCAGCGAUCAUCGUUGAACCUCCAGAACUUUAAGUUCUACACACAGAUAAUCAACCAGUAUGAAAUGUUUAAAUAUAUUUUCACAGCCAAACCCAAGUUUAAGAAGUUGAAGAUAGACGAGUUCCUCCUCUACUUUGAGGAAUAUGAGGGAGACAAGAACCUUGAUUGCUUGUACGAUGCCAUCACUAAAGAGAACACCUCUGGACAUGCAAUGCUGGACACGAUACUGAUCACCGAGCAGCGGAGCAGGAGGGCAGUGGAGGAAUUCUGUUCUUGCCUGAAGAAGGUGUUUGUGGUUGGGAUCAUAGCAUUGAUGGGCUACACUGCAUUAAAGGAAGGGACUGUUGGAGAGGAUAUGGUGAAGAAAUGGCAAGAACGCAUGGAGGACGUGGAGAAGCGCAUGAAGGCGGCAGUGGAUGAAUGUGUGAACAACUUCGCUGAGCAAGCCGAGAUUGACAUAGAUCAGAAGCUCAAGGAGAAGCAGAGCAGUGUCGAUCCUGAGUUUACUGAAUUCCUACUGGAUGCCCUUGUCAAGAAGUACGACUGGGUCUCGUGGUCAGUCAGGGUGUUUAAAGAUGAUGACAGCAAACUUGGGAGAUUUCUGUUUGGCAAGCGGCACCGUGUAAAUGGUGGAAAUGUCAAUUAUUUUGAGCAUUUGUGCAAUAAUAAAAUAAGGGUUGUGGUGUCUUUCACUACAGACCCUAAACCACUCAAUAAGAGCCAGAUAAAGGAUCAAAUAGAGGAAGAGAAAGGUGAUAUGAAAUCUGUGGCUGAGUCUCUGUGCAAGAGUCUUCCCAACUGCCAUGUGCAUGCUGUCAGUCGCUCUAAAAGUAUGGAGGAAGCCAAUAAUUUCAACCCUGAGCACUUUUAUUAUAUUUCUCACAAAAUAGCACACAUUUGUAUCCACUCAGAAUAAUGGAAUUUUGAUCAAACUAAAUAUAUUGAUGGCAGAGUCUACACUAUGUGCUCAGUUGUUAUAGAGGGUCAAAGCACUAAGGCUUGUUCAUACAUUAUAUUAAUCUUUAUACACUGUAUCUAUAAAUAAACCCAAAGUUUAGUAAA